UUCCAGCUAUGGAGCUCACCAUGGAGAACCUUCACAGCGUCUCCUCGCACUCCCAGGUGGGAGACCUCAUGAGCUCUCCGCACGCGCGGCCGUCGCUGUCCCCCAGCUCCGCUUCCCGGAAUCUGGUCUCACACGGUCCCGGAGCGCGGACAGCCAUGGUCUCCGGCAUGGCCUCGCUUCUUGACAGCUCCGGCGGGGACUACCGGACGGACCCGUCUGCGCUGUCCGGACACCUGCACCCGUCCAUCAGCAUGUGCGAGACCGGGAUGAGCCUUAGUAACACAUACACCACGCUGACCCCUCUGCAGCAUCUACCUCCGAUAUCCACCGUCUCGGAUAAGUUUUCCCACCCGCACACUCACCACCACGCUGCUGCCCAUCAACGACUCUCCGCCGGGAACGUCAGCGGCAGCUUCACGCUGAUGCGGGACGACCACCGGGGGCUCGCCUCCAUGGGCAAUCUGUACAGUCACUACCCCAAAGAGAUGUCCGUGUCCGGCAUGGGCCACGGCUCGCUGUCCCCGCUGUCCAGCGGUCUGGGUUCUUUGCACAACUCCCAGCAGCCGCUGUCAGCCUACGGUCCAAGCGCACACCUCUCCACCGACGCCAAGAUGCUGUCUCCGGUGUCCGGGUUUGAGUCCCACGCCUCCAUGCUGUCCCGAAGUGACCAAGAGCACCUGGCCAGAAGUUUAGGGGGUCACGGCCACGGUAUGAUCUCCAACCUCAACGGCAUGCACCACCACCCGCACAGUCACCUCCACUCCCAGGCGAACGGCGCGGUCAUGCUGGGGGGCCGUGAGAGGCACGGCCACGGAGCCGCGCAGGGAGUAGCAGGGUCCGGCAUGCAAACGGAGGAAAUCAACACAAAGGAAGUGGCUCAGCGGAUAACGGCCGAGUUGAAACGGUACUCCAUUCCGCAGGCCAUAUUCGCCCAGAGGAUCUUGAGCCGAUCGCAGGGAACCCUGUCAGACCUGCUACGGAACCCCAAACCCUGGAGUAAGCUCAAGUCAGGCCGGGAGACCUUCAGGAGGAUGUGGAAGUGGCUGCAGGAGCCCGAGUUUCAACGGAUGUCUGCUCUACGGCUGGCCGCAUGUAAACGUAAGGAGGAGGACCGAGGACGGGACCGCAACCAGGUGCCAAAGAAGCAGCGACUGGUCUUCACCGACCUGCAGCGUCGCACUUUGGUAGCCAUCUUCAGAGAGAACCGCCGGCCCUCCAAGGAGAUGCAGAUCACCAUCUCCCAGCAGCUGGGCCUAGAGCUCUCCACCGUCUCCAACUUCUUUAUGAACUCACGCCGCCGCUGCACGGACCGCUGGGACACCGAGGAGCACAACCACGGGGUGCAUGGCCACAUGCACACUCCUCACGGGAACAGCAACAACUCACCGAUCCAACCUGGCACCUCCUGUGCAGCCACUUUCUCCAAGGCCUGACGUUGGCAGGACGGGUGGUGGAACCGAUGCACGGAGGAUGGAGGGGGGGGAUGUUUUUCACUAAAGCAGUCCUGCAGACCUACAGGGUGUUCAGCUUCAGACCACUCAUCUGAUUCAUCUGCUCAGAGUGCGGAUGACUUGUGCAGAUGACUCAGAUCUUCGUGUGUUUUUUUUCAAUGUGAAUGUUACUCUUAGGGGCGAACAUGCAUUUCAAAUUGGGGUUCUUCAAACCAAAGAUCCAGUCGCUUUAGGAGAGAUGCCAUGAACCAACCACAUGUGGCUCUGAGUAAAUCCAAACCAAAUGAAAACCAAAGGAAAUCCGUCCAUCCAGUCCAAAACGCACUGUGGUUCUGGGUUAGGGAUCCUAAGGAUCCUCUGCUGAUUGUCAGGAUGUAAACACACCCCAAAAAAAAAUCACUCAUGACAGGGAACAGAUAGCUUUAAGACAGGAAACCUCGAGCAGACGCACGUUGGUCUUCACAAAUCAGCCAGAAAUCAGACAGCGGACGUGUCUGCUGGGCCGUGAUCGACCACUCCUCAUUUCAUUAACAGACACUGAGGCUGAUUGAGAGGUACGUUUGUGUGUCAAGUGUCCGUUAGACGCUCUCGGCAGGUCCUCUGACCCGCUAACCACACCACUUUUCACCGCUCUGCACAACUGCAGGCGUGUGUGUGCAUGUGCACAAUUCCUCGUGUUGCUCCUUGGGUGUAAUUCCUCUGCAGUGAUUCGGCCUGCUCCACGUCAGAGUAGCAGUGCCACCUGCUGUCCAUUCAAACCACAUCGAAACCAAGUGUGUGGGUGCACCUCGUGUCUCCAGCAGGCCUACCUCAACACAGUGUAGCCUGCAUUGUAGAUUUCCAUUAGGAUAAAGAUACCACUACUCCAAUUAAGCAAGUGUGUAGCCCUGCAAACACCCCAAAACUGAGACAAAUGAUGAUUACUCACAAACCCUUUGAUACACAUUUGAAUGUUUCUUAAGACUCGUUGUAGGGCAACAUGGCCGUAGACCGUGUAGCCACGUGAGAGGUUAUUUUCAGGUUUAAAAAAAAAAAAGGAGAACAAUCAAACAGGGAUGACACCCCCCACAUUUUAAAAAGUGUCAUGCCCGAAUGUAGGGAGUGAGGGAGGGGGGGGGGGGGGGGUCUGCCCUGUUCUAGUGGCCAAACGCAGAGGUCAAAUGUCACAAUAUGAGAUCCUGAGUGCCAAUGACGUUUGCCUCUUUAUGAUAAUCAGAGAACAGGUGCCCCCCCCCCCCCCAGUGUCUGGCCUGUGUCAUUACAGCUGUCAAAUUGCGAGCACUGCACGGACGCGUUGCCUAGUCCAUACCUCAGAAAAACAUUGAUGUGUUCGAUAUGAAACACAAUGAAAAUGACUGUAAAUACUAUUUCAUUUCAUUUCUCUGUCUCUCUCUUUCUCUGAUCUACUCUCUUGCUACUCCCUCUGUUGUGUCUUUCUUUCAUUUCUCCCUCCUUUAACUACUGAUGCGGGUAAUGCUAGUACCAUAGACACAUGGUUUCUCUCUCGUGACUAUUGUGCUAUGUCGUGCUGAAACUACAUGUAAAGAAGCACCUUGUCGACAAAAUGUAAAAACUUAAAGAUGAAGAAAAGAAAAAUGAACACAAACUGACCCUAUGCACAGACAAGGAAGGAAUACCACAACUGUGCAUAUUUGUGAAUACCUGUGUGAUGGAAGGACCUCUUCCUCGAGCCCUUUGAAGUGAACUGUCACUGCAUUCCUCUGCUGAUGGUGGUUGUGGUUACCAUGGGAACCACCUCAUUUCUUUGUGUCUUUUUAAAUUCUUCUUUUCGCGUGGGCAAAGCCACUUGUUGUGUAGCAUCUUCUAGCGGGAGAUAAUCAUAUUAGAGAGGAGACGCAGACAGGUGGAAGAAGGGUGGAGCAGGAGCAUCAGGGGCCCAUCACCAGACUGGAGGGCAACAUUUAAGUGAUGUUUCUUCAUAGUUUGGCUUCUGUUGUGCACUAUACCAGAUUCCCUGUCGGAGGUGUCAUUUAAGACGUCUUCUAGAGCCUAGAAGGGAACCAAACUGUAGCUUUUUAGUGCGGAUAUUUGAAGCUCAGACUCAAAGCAAAGAGCUAGCGAUGUGUGUGGCUACCUCACAGAAUCGUGUGGACUGUGACACAGUCAUCAACCAUCGAUACCAAAGAUACUUCAAGCCUGCCGUGUUCACGCUGGACCUGGGACGUGCACACACAUGCAAACACAACACACGUGCAGGUACAUGCUUCUGGGUGCACAUCCACACUUUCACAGAGCAGUCGUGCUGCGUGACAGACACACACACACAGGUGUUUGUUAUGUGGGAAGAGUUGAGUGCCUUUUUCCUUCAACCAGGGGUCGGACUGCUCUGCACACACACACACACACACACAUGCACACACGGGCACAUAUGCACACACACACGCACACGCCGGGGGAAGGGGGAGCAGGAGGGUGUCCUCAUGACAUAAAAAAGCCACUUUUGUUUGAUUUCAACUAGUACUUUUUUACUUUUUUGAGAAAAAACCCUUUUGUUUUGGUAUGCUUUUGCAUGCUGGUGACAUAAUGUCAUCUCCACUCAACUCCAUGAUACACACAUGCGCACACACUCCCACCAGAGAUAUUUUUGUGUAAUUUGUAACCAGAGUGCAGGUGUGUGCGUGUGUGUGUGUGUGUAUCGGACUGUUUACAAAGCCCUCGAAUCCCGCUCUGUCAUUGGCUCACAUUUAAAACUCUAACCUUUGGAACAACCAACCAAUGAUCAAUCAGUGCAAAAAGGAUGACACCCUUUAGCUCCAAAAGACACAUAAUGCCCGCCAAUGACCCCCCCCCAUCCAAACCCUCUUUGCAGGUCCCUCCGUCCAGGGUAGCAUCACAACGAGGCAGGCAUGUGUAGACAAUUCAUCUCGAUAUACCUCAAAUCUUUAUUGUAAAGUCUAAUAUAUAAUGUGUUUGGCGAUGAGAGUGACAUUGAAGUCCCGGCAACGUGAUUGUUCCAUUUUUUGAAGGUUUGUUUGACGGAGUGUGUGCAGUACAAGCCGUCUUAUGGUUUGACAUCUUUUGUAUUUAUUGUUAGUAGGUUUGCACGUUGUCCUUUUUUGGAGUUAAGAAAAACACGAAAAGGAGGUGGAAGGAUAAUUGAAGAGGUAGGAAAGGACAUAAUAUAUAAUAAUGUGGCCGUAGGGGAGGAAGAAAUCAGCGAGGAAAGAUUAUGAAUACAAAGAAAGAUGUAGGAAUUGAGAAAAUUGUUAAAGAUCAAGUGACAUAUCAUCUGUUUGGCAUCACUUUUUUGGCUUAUUUUGUGUUUGACAAUUGUCUUUUGUGUGUGUUGAAGUGAUUCCAAUAUUAAAAAAAAGAGAACCAACCAAGCACCUCUGUCAUAGGGUUGGUACGAGCGAUUCUUUUACGCAUGGAUACUAUAUAAAUGUAAAUAAACUGCAGGAUGAACUGUACCUCUACAGGUGGAGAGGGGGAGAAACAGGGAAAAAAACAACUGGGUUUCCAAGUACAUGCUUUUUUGUGUUUUUCAUGUGCUGUUUGUGUAUUUGUAUAAAAAAUGUGUUUUUGUAUGUGUAUCAGCUUCAUCGCAGUGUGUCUUUCCUCCUGUAACCCUUCCAUUUGUGUAGAAAUAGUCUCCCCACGUCCGUGAAUGUAUCUACCCUUUGUUUCAUCACACAUCUGUUUUGUUCCUGUAUCUCAGCUCAUCCCUAUUUAAUCCAAAUUCGAUCGGCCUGGGUGUUUUGUCUGCUUUAGGGGAAGCAUACACACACAGACAGCCAGGCAGCUGAACUACGGGUUUCUUCCAGUGCCUCAAAAUGGCGUCGUUUGCUUUUACCUUUCGGACAGACCUCGCAGCUCUGGAAGCCCCGGUGUCGAUGUUCUCUCCCUCUUCCCUUACCAACCAAUCAAUCAGAACCAAGUGUCUUUGUGAUGGUAGAAGACAAUCAAUUUUCAAAUAGCAGAGACAAAAAAAGAAAAGAGGGGAGAGAGUAAGAGAGCGAUGGAGGAGGGCAGGGGAAAUGACUGGACAGGAGAAAUGGGAGGAAAGGAGAAAGGAUGGCUCUCAGAGAAAUCAGUGUGUGUGUGUGUGUGUGUGUGUGUGUGGUCACCUUUAACCCCUGCAGAGUGGCCUUUGCGGUGGGGGUUGAGGCAUCAAGGACAGGACCCUCCCCCGGCCACGAUGGAGGCGAUGACGGAUACUUGUUAAGUGGACAUGUAAAUCGAAGAUGUUGAUCAAACGCACACGCACACGCACACACACACACACACACACACACACACACACACACAAAGAGUUUUCCUCUGAUCUUCAUCUCCCAAGAACCCAGCAAGCGUGUCAGUCCUGUGUCUGCCUUCAGCCUGUGGAGGGGGAUAAUAACUGGAACAAAUAAUGCACCAAUCGAAAGCCAGUACGGUUAAAUUGUGUGUUUGGACUAAAACAAAUAAAGAAACAAGUAUUGGCUGACUUA